AUGGCAUCAUCCACCCGCAAGCGAAAGAAACCAAACUCAUCACACCCAUCAAGCCCCUCACCCUCUCGCAGCCAAUCACAACAGCGUAAUACUACUUCUACCCAGGAAGAUCAAUCUGAUCAAACCAAAGGUGAAGACAAUGAUCAGCCGACAUCUACAGCACCGAUUGAAACAACUGACGAGGAGGAGUUAAAGAAGGCCCAAAAAGUUGCUGCCGCCGCCCAGAGUCCCUGCUACGCAUUCUAUAUGACCCCUGAACUCUCAACGCAGCGUGAUAAGAAAAACCUAUUCAUGAUUGCUUAUCCGUGCAAAAUGUGUGGGAUCAAGAUCAACCGCCCAACCUCCGACUCCUCUUGCGGCAACCUGAACAAGCACCGUGCGGGAUGCAUCCGGAAACAAAACCAACAAACCGAUCGAUCCGUUAAAAUGGUGGAUCCAACAAAAGCGAGCUGGAAACACCCACGGAGGCCUGGUAAAUAUGGCUCUGGAUGUCCAUAG